AUGACGGGCGACCAGGGUACACCGAUGAUCCUGCGGGAUACGUGGCUACGCGACGGGGGUACGGGAGCAUCUUGCAAGCCUUCGAAGCCCGGCCUUACGAGACGGAAUCGAAAGGUGUGUGUGCCCAGGCCAGAAAAGAUGCAGCUGGCAAAAAUCGCCGAAACGCAAAGGUGGGCCAUCGACUGUUUCAAGUGUGUCUCGAUCGAUGGCGACAACAAACCCUGUGAUGACCCAUUUCACAACAAUGGGAGCCGCGCUUUCUUGGAGUCGCCCUGCUUAGGGGGUAGGAAAGGCCGGGAUGGUCUCUUUCCAGCGACCGCUUGUCUCAAGAUUGCCGGCGUAUAUGAUGAAUCCGGUGUGACCUUGAUGGUGAGGGGCUGCGCAUUGGACAGCGGAACUCUGACAACGGACUCCGAGAUUAUCAGAAUGUCUCACUGCGGUGGUUUCUACUUCGAUGACAAGUACGUCCGCGGAUGUGUGCAAUCUUGCAGCGACGCGGACGCGUGCAACGCGUCGUCAAGGAAUCUCGCACCGCUGAUCGCCCUUGUGUUGCCGAUUCUCGCGGGACUUGCGUGAUCCAU